GGUGGGAUGGAGACAACCUUGGAACAGCACUUGGAGGACACAAUGAAGAAUCCAUCUAUUGUUGGAGUCCUAUGCACAGAUUCACAAGGACUGAAUCUGGGCUGUCGUGGGACCCUGUCAGAUGAGCAUGCUGGGGUGAUAUCUGUUCUAGCCCAACAAGCAGCUAAGCUCACCUCUGACCCCACAGAUAUUCCUGUGGUGUGUCUAGAAUCAGAUAACGGGAACAUUAUGAUCCAGAAACACGAUGGCAUCACGGUGGCAGUGCACAAAAUGGCCUCUUGA